CAUUUCUGUGCCUUAGGUCUGUUGCGCACAAGAGUUAGACUUGUACUUUUGUCUCAAUCCCUUGUUCAGGAGUUCUUCCCCCGCCCUUGUGUGCAGAGUGAGCUGAGCUCGUGGAGUCACGGGAGACCGAUUUUGUCUUUAGAAAGUAGCCAAAGUAGAACAAUAGGGAAAGGUGUAGAGACGCACAGAACGGGUGGGUAUAGGAGCAUAAGGAGUUUAGAAAGCACAGGGUGUAUGGGCGCGUUUUAGAAGACGGGAGGAGGAGAGGUGGUGAGUCAGGCUGAAGCAGCUCUUUAACUGCGAGGGGAAGCAGAUCAGAAGCUGAACAUGAUGAUGAUGAUGAUGAUGUGCUGUGCGUCAUGGCCAACGGGACCGGUGCGAUCAUGUUGAAGUGUGUGGUUGUCGGCGACGGCGCCGUCGGCAAAACCUGCCUCUUGAUGAGCUACGCCAACGACGCGUUUCCCGAGGAAUAUGUGCCCACUGUGUUUGAUCAUUACGCAGUGAGUGUGACAGUUGGGGGAAAGCAGUAUCUUCUUGGGCUGUAUGACACUGCUGGUCAGGAGGACUAUGAUCGCCUCCGUCCCUUGUCUUACCCCAUGACAGAUGUCUUCCUGAUUUGUUUCUCGGUGGUGAAUCCAGCCAGUUUCCAGAACGUGAGAGAGGAGUGGGUCCCUGAGCUGCAGGAAUAUGCACCCAACGUCCCCUACCUGCUCAUUGGCACUCAGAUUGAUCUGAGAGAUGACCCCAAGACGAUCACCAAGUUGAAUGAUGUGAAGGAGAAGCCCAUAGUGACAGAACAGGGACAGAAGCUGGCAAAGGAGAUUGGUGCCUGCUGUUAUGUGGAGUGCUCAGCUCUGACACAGAAAGGCUUGAAGACAGUGUUUGACGAGGCCAUUAUCGCCAUUCUGGCUCCCAAGAAAGGUGUGUUAAAGCGCCGUCUCGGUCCACGGUGCAUCAACUGCUGCCUUAUCACGUGAGCAUCCUGUCACACACCAGCUCAGGGACGAUUCAGUGUCAGAGCUACACCACGUCCCCUUAAUUAAGGAGGGCAAUUUUAAAAAUCAAGCAGAGCACAACCUCUCCAUAACAGAUUACAGAAAAUGGAAAUACAUUCUGGAAUAGGUGAAGGGGGGAAAAAAACAGGUGUGAAUGUUUUACUACUAGGAAAACAGGAACAAAUUUUACUCUGGGAUGGAGGGAGGGAAGGAGUGAGAACAACGACAAAGCAUUCGUCAGCAAACUGGCGACCAAAAAGGACACUAAACAUGAGUGAGAUGACACCAGAACAAGUAACAUUGAAGCACAGAAAAUGAAAACUUGCAAAGGCAAGACCAUGAAUGGCACACUACAACAAUGCUGAUGACCGAAAACAGUCUGACUGUAUUUGCGGUUUUGCUUCUGUAGGCAUGUGUGAUCUGGAGAGAAAAUGCAGACAGCUUAAACAGCACAACCAAACACCCCAGACAUUCACAGAAGCAAGACUUUAUUUGUCGAAAAAGGGAAACCGCAUCUGGCAACAUGGCGUUGCAAAAUGAAUGCCUUUUACAAAACAUUUCUCUUUCCAGUCUGGGUUUUUACAUCCUUUAUUUACAAGAAAGACAAAAUCCGGAAUGAUAUGAUCAAGUAUAGAUGUAUCAAGCCACUGCAACCAUUUGAAGGAACAACUAAUGUCAACCUGAGGAAAGUAUACUUUUUAUUGCUGUAUUUGACCUCAGAGGACAUGACUUGUAAAACAAGCAUGAGGAACUUGUAGGGGGAUGAUUUAUAACAAAGCCCAGAGACAUUCGUCCAGAACGUGGCCUGUGCCUAUUAGUUCCUGUCCUUCAUUUGAGUUUGUAGGUGAGCUGUUUGCGAUGCCAACGGAUCCAGAUCGGAGCAGCUAGCAGCCCUGUCAGAAAUCCUCCUGUUGCCCCAAAGGAACAGGAAAUGGGCCACACCUAGAAGGAGGAGGCAGAGAAAAGGUGGAAUCAGCAACAACCAAUCAGCUCUGUAACUGCACAACUCGCUGGCUGCAACCAACAAGAUCACUGUGGUGUUUUAAUGGUCAACUUUCAUACUCAAAGCUUUAAACCUUUUUCCUUCUUCUUUUUUAAACGCACAUGGCUUUGAUUGUGUCUCUGAAGCCUCAGCUCUGAUUUAUUUUGCAUUUACAAACUAUAUCAAGUACUGAAUUUAAGAAUCGAUAGCUAUUUUAAAUGGAUUUUAUUGCACAGUAAAUGCAAGCAGUGAUUUGAGUGUUUUUGCAGCUUCCAAUAUUAAAUGAGUUUUUAAAAAGAAAAUGAAAAAGCUUCAUGAAUAUUGUGGAUUAAAUAAAUAGUGAGUUGCAAGUGGAAAUCUCCAUGAAGUCUAUCUAAUGGUGCAAAAUAUUUUCUUAACGUAAAAAAGUUACAACUCAGUGAAUAGUGAUUAAUACUUUAUGUACAUUUUAUCUCAAACUGAUGUUUGCCGAACAUAAAGUUGUUUGUUUUUCAUAAAAGCGGUCUCUGUUUAAUCUUCUUGCCUGCUUUUUGUCUGAUCAGAAUGUCGAAACCUGUUGUUUAUUACAUUUAUUUACAGAUGCCAACAUGAUCUCAUACAGGAUAAGCUGAAGUGAAAUUUGAUCUAAUCCUGCUCAUGUUAGUGUUGGACUUGACAUUUCAGUGAGAUUUACUAAACGACUAAAUCUG